AGCAGCCCCAAAAAAAAAAAAAAAAGAAAGAAAGAAAGCAGCGUGGCGGCUCACUCCUUCCUUCUCUGGCUUGUUGUAUAUCUCUAUAGUUAAUAGUAAUCCGGAAACUCUGCCUUGGUUCCUCUUUUGGAUAGUGUGCUCAAACCCCAGAGGAAAAUGCCAACUCACUCCUUAUUGCCGUUUGUGGACAGCCCGGACGGCCUUCUCCAGGACAUCCUGAUUAGCAACAACGCAGGAAUCCCAGGACCCGGCUGCAGCAUGAUGCCUCAGAACAGUUGUGCUCUGAAGGUCGUCGUAGAGACUGAGCGCCUGCAGCUAUCCUGCAUGUUCUGCGACCAAAUCUUUAGCAGUCAGGAUGAGCUGGGCCCACACGUGCUGGCGCAACACCCCACUACAUUCUCGGAGCCCACCGUGCUGCGGGUCGACGCAGAGUUCAGGAUCCCCGGCGGACAACCCCGGCCCGAACCCGGCGCCCUCCCCGCACAGAAGGAGGAGGCGCCCAGCUGCAUCGUUUGCGGUCAGAUCGCACAAGACGCCGGUGAGCUGGAGGCGCACAUGAGGAAACACAAGGACUACUUUACGUACUGCUGCAGCGUCUGCGGACGGCGAUUCAGGGAAUCCUGGUUCCUGAAGAACCACAUGAAGAUGCACGUGAGACCGGGGCCGAAGAGCAAGGCCGUCCUGGACCAGGAGGCCCCUUUCACCAUCAACGACGUCACACAAGCGCCGCCCCCGGAGCCCGUCGUGUCUGUUUACAAAAUGUGCAUGGUGUGCGGGUUCUUCUUCCCCGACCAUGACAGUUUGGCAGAACACAGUAAGAAUCACAACCGAGAGGCGGAGCUGGGGAAAGAUGAAGUCAUGGAGAAGAUUGAAGGUGCUACAGACCCUUUAGCUAAACAGGAAGCGUUUUUAGGCAGCCUCAAGCUUUGGCCUGCCUCCACGCAUAAAGGUUUAAACGACACAAGAUCAUCCAAAUGGAUUCCCCAGCUGGAUCCCUUUACUACAUAUCAAGCAUGGCAGCUCGCCACAAAGGGCAAGAUAGCCGUCGGUCCAAAUAAUACUAAAGAGAUCGGCCAGGAGCUCAGCACGGACAAUGAAGACUGCUGCUCUGACAAGGAGGAGAUGAGCGUUUCAUGGUCAGAAGGUCAGGGAGAGAAAGCAGCCAAAGAUGCGCUGGGGAGAGAGCUGCGGUCUCAGCAGCAGACCGUUCCAGAAGCCUCAAACCCGCCGCGGAGGUCGCUCAUGCAGAAUCACAAAGACAGAGAGAAGCCGACCACCUGUGAGGACUGUAAGAAGACCUUCAGGACCUAUCACCAGCUGGUGCUUCACUCCAGGAUCCACAAGCGUGAGAGAGGCGGCGAAGAGAGCCCGACGCCGAGAGGGCCCCAACAGGAGCCGGCGGAGGAGCCGCACGAGGAGGAAAACUUGAUUACAGAAGACGGCGUGGAGCGAUCCAAAUUCAGAUCCAAAGAGUGCAACUACUGCGGCAAAUCUUUCCGAUCCAGUUAUUACCUCACAGUCCACAUGAGGACUCACACAGGUGAGAAACCCUAUAAAUGUGCCUAUUGCGACUAUGCUGCUGCUCAGAAGACUUCGCUGAAAUAUCACUAUGAUCGCCGCCACAAAGACAAACCCUACGUUGAAAUAACCAGCAGAGAUGCGUCGUCACUACCUCCUCUUGAUGGUGACGCCGCCCCAAACAGACCUAAACUCUGGGAGGCAAAGAGAAAAACUGAAGAUAGGUUUGAAGAUUUGGACGACAAACCAGACAAACCUGUAGAAGUGAAAACGGAGCCGAUGGAGGCGCAGCUCGACCUUCCGGUGGCGGUUAACCUAAAGAAGGAGGAGGAGAAGUCUGAGGCCCCGUUAAAUUUAUCCUUAAAGGUGUCCAUCUCUAUAGCUGCAGAAACCAGAUAUCCAUCGACUCCAAAUGCGUGUUCGUUCUGUGCCUACAAAACCCUUUACCCCGAGGUUCUGAUAAUGCACAAAAGGUUGGUGCAUAAAGACAAAUUAGAAAAUGCCAAGAAGAUAAAUUACGGAGCCACCGGGAAGCCAAGGCGUUACACGGGGUGCCCGCCUGCCCUGGAUGGGAAAGACGUCGCUCCGCUGCAGACGACCGACAGACGUCACCCUCGCCGAACCAAAUCCCCGCUCCCGCAGCCCCCCAAACCUCACGAGGGUCUUCCUGCUAACCAGAAGCGCUCGCCCGUCCCCGCAGCAGGUCAGGACGGCACCCAGGGGGCAGCGUCGCAGCAUUCCAGACAAAACGCAGAACCUCAACCCAGCCAGGAAUCGUCACGAUUCACGGAGGUCAUGAGGAAAACCAACGCAGGCAGAGGGGCGGCGGGCGAGAGGAGCUACCCGGUGAGGAAUGCCAACAUCUGGAACUCGGACGCCGCUCGUCUCUGCCUGUCCAGCAGAUUCGGAAGCCUCCCUCAAAUGGAUUAUGCCGACACUUCGGGCAAGAGAAUGAAGUUUUCCAUGCCAACAAACAGAGAGGUCGAGGGUGGCGAGAAAACGUCUUUCCGGGCGCCGCCAGCAGAGGGAGCCAACAGACUGUUAAUCCAGGGAAGAAACGUCAAAGCUGUAACUCAGGGGCCGGGGCCUUCCUCCGCUUCCGAGGCUCUGUGUCCAAUAAAAACCACGCCUGCUCCUCUGGGAGGAAGCUUGGAGUCGGACUGGAACAUGAUGAACUUUCUGCACUACACACCAAGCGAGCUGGCGUCGCUCUACCACAGCGCGCCAGCCAACCCCAGCCAUGGAGGCGUGGCCAACCCAAGAGCUGGUCCAAGAACUCUGCUGUUCCAGCCCCUGCCCGGCCUGCCCAACCUGCAGAGGAGGGACCCCCCACCCUCGUUCCCAAACCAGCGCUACGGGGCCACCGACAAGAGCUCCUAAAGCAAAGAGCAGACGGGUAACCCACUGGAAGAAUGCCUGCAGGAACUUACAUUAUUUUGGGGCUUCAGAGCCUUUUUUCUUUUUCGUCUUUCACUGGAUUCAAAUGUUUGACCCCCGAUAUCUUUCUUUUGAUUUAUUUUUAUUUCUAGAUGUGAACAUAGCUGCUACCUUAUUUUGGAGAACUUUAUGGAAAAUAUAUUUAAUUUCAUCAUUUAAAAAAAAAAAGAGAGAGAGAGACUGUGCCUUUUUGUUGUCCUUUAAUUUAAUGUAGAUUUAUUAGAUUUAUUAUGUUCUAUGUCGGGUUGAGUAUUUCAUUAUCGGUAUUUUCUGAUCCGCACGGAUAUUUUCUCCACUUGGUGUACACUGGGAUAUUGCCUUCAAUUUUCCAUCUCUAACUUAAGUCAUUCUAGCCACACUAAUGUUCACGUAUGAGGCUGUUGAUGUGAGAACAAAGAUGGCUGCUCCUUUCACCUUCAGGCAGCAGACGCCAUUACUGUGUCUCUUCCAAAACGACGAGGAGGGAGACGUUCGAUGGCCUCGGUCCAUUAGUUUACAGGCAGGAAGCGUUUCCUCUGGACGCUCUACCUCAUGCUGCUCUCUGUUAUCUUAUUUCAAAGCUGUUUUCAGCUUUAAUGUCCACUGAGCCUUUGUACCUGGACGAACAGAGUAUUGCGGAUGUCGUCGGACAUCCCUUGUGUUCGGGUUGCGUUUUGAACAGAAAAGUCCUUUGAAUUGGUUCAUUUAAUCAUUAACUGCUAGUGCCUCAGAUCCGUCGGCUGCAGACUUGUUUUUGUUUCCACGGUAAAAUGGCGCACGUUCGUUCUGGAGUUAGCCGACCGUAAGGCGUCUUUUCAAGCGACCUUUUAUGUGCGCCAUUCCUGGAAAAAAAUCGACCCAGAAGAAGCCGUUUUGAUUAACGGUUGAAUUAAAUGUAAACUGUGAAGAGUCUCAGGUUGAGCCAUUUACUCGAUGUACUUUCGGUUCUGUUGCAUUGAAAUGCCUCCGAUUGAUGUGGAGUUUUUUUUCUAUCUGGGUUGCAUGUAAAGUAAAUGUAAAAAUGAUACCAUUGUUUUGAAAUUUGUAUGACAUUUCAGUAAUAAAAAUGAGAG